GAAAAAGAAAGCAAUCCAGAAGAAGCCGCAGCAUAUGAAGUUGGUACGUCGUUGACGAGCGUCCUUGAAAGUCUCUAUGGGUGUUCUGAAAUGUUAUGUUGAAACGAUUUCCACCCGUGUGCCAAGACUGACCGACAAUGAAGUAGGGAAAAGGGAGAAUAUCGCAAGUCAUGAAGAUAACUAUCGAGGACUACAACAACAAGUUAGACCAACCAAGGGAAAAAUGUGGAGCACUUCGCUCAACGAUAUGCUUUCUGUCUCUGUGCCGACUGUUGGCCCUCAUCUGCACCCUAUUCGUGAUCCUGUGCAUCCUGCUGCUGUGCAAGGCGUACAUAAAGUUCGUCCUGUUAUGGCUGGAGAAGCAGGACGGUUUAGUGAUCUCGGCGACGAUUUGCUUCCUCUUCAUACUCGUCUCGCUUCCAAUCAGUAUCGGUUACAUAGUGUUAGUCGUGGCGUCCGGUUAUCUGUUCGGGAUGUUGCGUGGACUGCUGCUGGUGGUGGUGGGGGCUAAUUUCGGGCUGCUCAUGGCGCACAAUAUACUCAGGCUGGCAGGGCACCACCACGCCAUUUACAAGUACACUAAGAAUGACAUGGCCCAAGCGAUCAUGAAGGUUAUAUCGGGUCCACUCUGCUUCAAGAUCGUCUUCUGCUCGAGACUGACGCCUAUCCCGUUUGGGUUACAGAAUACUAUUUUUGCGCUGAGCAAUGUCAGCGCUAGGGUUUACCACGUAGCCUCGCUAUUUGGACUGUUCCCCGCUCAAUUUGUGGGGGUUUACGUUGGAUCGACUCUACGUUCUAUGCAGGACGUUCUGGAGAACAGACAUAUUUCUUCCACGACUUAUUUUUUCGCCACGGCUCAGCUAAUGUUCGGGGCAUCUCUGAUGAUUUGGUUAGGGACCAAAGCUAGGAAGGAGUUGCUGAAGGCAAUCGCCGAGGCGGAGAGUGCUUCUACCAAAGUUACAUCAUUUUCUGUGUGAUAUUUAUAAACUUUUUUUUUCUAUGUAUUUUUCCAAAGACCAAAAAUAGUUACUAAGUCAGAUAUGUAGUUUGAGGGUCGAUAAUAAAAUAUUUUUUAUAUUCGAAUA